ACUAUGGCUACCUCAGUGAAACUAGAAGGAAAAACCACGUGGAUACACGCCAGUUACUGUAAACAAGUCACUCCGACUGAUCCACCGACAUGAAGCUGUUCUUAUCCUUUACCAUUUUAUGCUGUGUUUGGAUAUGCUACUCUGACUUGAGACCAGAAAAUAAUAAUGCAUGGCAGGAAAAUAUAUGGUUGCAGAUAGCAAAGGUUUUUAAUUUAACCUCCUUUUGCCUCAACCCUCUCCUCAGUACUGAAAACGCCAUAGAAUCUUAUCUUAUAGCUGUCCCUACCCCCAUCUCACUGUUGAGGAAGUACCUACAUACACAUAGACCCCAUAAAUCUCUACAACUAUAUUCUUAUGCCUUCAACCCACUGGUAGGCAAGCCUCCUCUAGCCCUGAAGACAAUUAAUGUGACAGGCGCUGAACUAUGUUGGUCUUUUUCAUGUAGUUGUUCAAGAGACCCUAAUACUGAAUCCCUGUUUUGCCCCACAUGGUGGGAAAAUACCACGAAUUGUAGAGCCCUGAGCACCACUAUGAAUUGUACCCAAACUCACCAAGUUAUGAGUUACUACUACAAUGUCUAUCUUCCUAAAGGAUGGACUUUCUUCUGUGGAAAUAUUACUUAUGCUUAUGUCCCAGGUAACAUUACAGGAGGUCCUUGUGCAAUCUCUCGCCUAACCAUGACCAUGUUUUCCAAAUCUGACCUGAUCACUAAAACCACCCAGCUACACAAACUGCUGAGAGACAGGAGAGAUGUUAAAAACACCCUUACUGCAGAUUGUAACCCUGAAAUCACUCUCUUAUCGAAAGUCAAAUACUCUGCCCUAGCGUACACCUUGGUAGAAGUCCCAGGCUUAGCACUGUAUAAUACCCGAGUAGUUAAUGCUGUAGCCUGUUCCCUUGCAAAAGGUUUAAAUGCCACUUCACAGGCCCUAGAAGAGCUACUUAUGGACAACCAGGCAAAUAAGAAGGCAAUCCUUGAGAAUAGAGCAGCCAUUGACUACUUACUAAUGAAACAUGACUUAGGCUGUGAAGUAUAUGUGCUGUUUUAACCUAUCUGACCAUGGCACUAUGAUCCAUAAACAUAUAAACGAUUUACAUGACUUAGUACAGGAUAUCAAACAGGAUACUGG